UUGUUUAAAGAUGUCAAGUUAAACAUAUUGUUAUUAUUAUUUGCACAAUCAACAUUUUACUAUACCUAUUUAUAAAUAACUUUGUUUUAUAUAGUUUGAAUUUUUACCUAAUCUAAUAUUCAAAUAUCGAUCUAUCAAACCCUCGCCUUUCAAAAGCUUUUAACCAAUCAAAUCCUCAAAUAUCACAGCGAUUUUACUGAUUGGUCAGUGAGCGGAGAUUCUUAUCCGUGCACUCUUUAAAUUUCGCUCUGUUCUGGACUGAGCCUUUGCAACACUUUAUAUGCACAUUGAACAAAAAACAAAAACAAAAAAAAUCUUGUGUUUUAAUCCUCCAGUUAUUUCUUUGUUUUUAUUCAAUACUGAACAUAGAAAUAACAAUGGUUGAGCAGUUCGUUGGUAAAUGGAAAAUGACUUCAAGUGACAAUUUUGAUGAAUACAUGAAGGCUGUAGGUGCUGGUUUUGCUUCUAGGCAAAUGGCUAACCUAGCAAAACCCAGUCUGUCGAUUGCUGUGGAUGAGCAGGGGUUCUUCUCUAUGAAAGCUGUCACUACCUUCAAGACACUGGAAAUCAAAUUCAAAUUAGAUGAAGAAUUUGAUGAGACAACAGCAGAUGACAGGAAAGUCAGGACUACUAUGAGCCUUGAAGAUGGCAAACUUAUUCAGAAGCAGACCUGGGAGGGGAAGACCACAAUAAUUGAAAGAGAGAUUCAAGACUCCAAAAUGAUAGCGAAAUGUAUCAUGGAUGACGUGGUCGCUAUCAGGACAUAUGAAAAAGAUGCAUGAUGAAAGAUGCACAAACUCUGGACUUUAAGACCGAUUAAAGACCUCAUUAGAUUUUAAUAUGGUUGAAUUUGACUGAUUUGAU